ACUGGCGCGCCAUUUCCAGGAAGAGCCCGCGACCCUUCACGGACCCAGUGGAGCGAAGGCUGUUUUACGGCGGCUGCGCGCGCAGCCCGGUGACGUCACACGCGAGGCUUCGGCUGGGUUAUCUCGGCCGGGAGCCGCCAGUGCCAGCCAAUCACUGGCGAGAGUCGCGGGGAAGCGGUCACUGCGGAUCCCUCUGGCACCAGCGAACAUGCGGGCGGGAGCGGCGGUCGCGGUGCUGGUGGCGGCGCUCGGCGCCUCUGUCCUCGCCGGCGGCAGACUGCACGAGGCCGUCGACGAGUUCUCCGUCGACCUUCUCAAGGACGUGUUCGCGGAGCCGCGCAACCUGGUGGUGUCGCCGGUCAGCGUGUCCACGCUGCUCGCCAUGCUGGACCAGGGCGCCCAGGGCGACUCCGCCAAGCAGAUAGAGGCCGCCAUCCACCUCAACCGCAGGAAGGCCCGUGUGCUGUACGGCCGCCUGUCGCACCGCCUCAAGGAGGCGCCGCGCCACCCCGGCACGCAGCUGGAGGCGGCCAACCACGUGUUCGUGUCGCGCGCGCUCGCCGUGAGGCCGCGCUACCUGCGGCUGCUGCGCGCCACCUACCUGUCCGGCGCGCGGCGGGUGGAGUUCGGCCGCGGCGAGGGCGGCUCCGCCGUCAACGCCUGGGUGCGCAACGCCACGCGCGGCCGCGUCGACGCCGUCGUCGACCCGGUUUUAUCGUCGGAAACCGCCAUGGUGCUGGUGAACGCCAUGUUCUUCCAAAGCCCGUGGUUGAAGCCUUUCAAAACGUCUUCCACCUCGGAGGAGGCUUUUCAUCUGCUGGAUGGCUAUAGUGUCUCCGCGCCGUUCAUGAACAAGAGAGAGUUCUUCAAUGUCGGCGAACUGCCGCAUCUCAACGCGUCGUGGUUUGAGCUUCUGUUUCUUGGAGGGCAGUACUCCCUGGUCGUGGUCGUGCCGAGAGAGCGGAUAGGGCUGCCCCAGCUGGUCCGCAACAUCUCCGCCGCCGACCUCGCGGGCGUGAUCUCCGGCGGCCGUCGCGAGGAGCUGCAGGUGGCCCUCCCGCGCUUCGCGCUCAGCUCCAGGACGGACCUCAUCCCACCGUUGCAGCGCCUUGGCAUCAAAGACAUCUUCGACGAUGACCUGUCGAACCUGUCUGGUAUCUCCAAGAAGAAGCUGGUGGUCUCCAAAGCCGUACAGAGGGUGGAAAUGCAGAUAGACGAGGCGGGCGGGCUAGCUGCCGCAGCGACAGGGUUCGAGCUGGAGCCUCGCAGCUACGUGAGGCGCCUGGCCGCGGACCGGCCCUUCCUCGCCGCGGUGGUGGACAAGGCGCAGAGGCUGCCCUUGUUCGUGUGCGCGGUCGUCGACCCUUCGCGCACGUGACCUCCGCCAGGGCUCAGCACGGACCGCAACACGGCCUUCUCGUCCUUACUGGCGUGUUAAGUUAUGAAACUGUGUAAUAACUAGAGACCCGGAAAUUUCGCGGAUUCCUCUGGCCUCAGGAUAAAAUUCAAAGUUAUAGGUGUGCUCGGCCCAUGUUUACUUUCCCAUUGGUUUAUUUCUUAGCGAGAACAUUUUUAUCCUUGUUAUUUGGCACUACCUGAUUCGCUUACUUCUCUCCUAGCUGGGCAUCAUUGGUUCACGGUCGUAGUGGGGCGUGUCCAAACAACUGCGGUCCAAUCAUGAACACAGUGCGAGAGUGUGAAGGUUUGCAUUCUAGCUUGCGACUAAAUGAAUCCGCGAAAUUUCCGGGUCUCUAGUAAUAACCUUGUACGGUUACACCAUCUGCCUAGGAGAUGCGGGUGCAAGCGUUAAGUCCCGCCGCAUGUCGUUGUCGAGGUAGCCAAACAUGAACAGGAAAUACUUGAAGUUUGGACUGAGCAGUCCAGAACAGGAGGCAUUUACCCGUCGUGUUUGGAGGCGACUUUGAGGCCACUUGUGGACUGUGUAGCUCCCGGAAUCCCGAACAAAAAAAAAUAACUCUCUUUUCCAACUUGAGGCCAGAACUAGUCGGUCAGACGCGGCGUGUAUUGCGUUGACGACAGCCGACCUUGAGGAUUUCCUCAGAAAAAUCAUCUCGCUGUGUGGGCGAGGAUUCUUUUGUAAAUCCCCGGAAGCUUUUUCCUUGUAUUCUUGUACAUGUAUGGCGGCCUUUGAGUAGGUAACUGUAGACUACCAAUGAGAUGUUUUAUGCUAUCACAUGCCAUAUUAGUUCGGUUGAGUAUUACUUUAAUUAUCUCCAAUAAUGGAUGAAAUAUACAAAAUAAGUACCUUAUUCUUUUACCUACUAUCUGCAAUUCUGGCAUACUAAUAAGAAUAAAAAAAUUUGAAUUUUUUGUGUACUAGCUGUAAUUUUGUUUUAUAUUUCACAUAUGCAGUUUUCAAAAACGUGAUAAAUGACUGACACAAUUUACUUAUAUUGGGUACGUUGCACGUAAGAUUGUUUGAUCCCAUCCCUGUGCAAUACAUCUACGAGCACGGUUGGUAAAUAUAUUUAAUCGUAGCUCACUAGAAUUUGGUGCACUUGUCUUCAGCAUUUAUGUUUGUAAUUGCAUGAUGUGUAACUGAAUCUCACAAUUUAUCUUAUAUCAUGGACACAAAUUAAAUUUUAAUCUAUCAGAAUAUUAUUUUUUUUAAUAGUAGUUAUUUCUUUUUGAAAAUUAAAGUACGAAGGUUUGUGUCAAUUUUCAUACAAAAGUAAUUUUUUUUAUUAUUUUUCGCAACAAACUGUUUAUCUAAUAAUCAUGUAAGAAAAAGUGGGUAACCACUAAUGAAUAUGACUAGAAAUGUGUAGAUGAAAUGUUUGUGUUCAUCAAUGACCAGAAUUUUUAAAAAAAAAAUAUGUUUUGUGGUGCUAUUCAUAGUGCUUCCUUACUUUCUUUCUCUCUGAAAUAUAAGGUAUGUGCAUACAUUUUACCAAAAUUUAUUUUACACAUUUAUACACUAUACUUUUGUAAUACAAUUUAAUGAAUAAUGUUUUUAUAAAGUAUGAAUGUAUUCAAAUGAAAGUGUAAAUCUAAUUUGUAAAUACAAACCAAAAACUACAAAAUAUAUAUUUUAAAAAUUUUUGCGUGUGUGUACAAUUAGACUGUACCCCAUAUUCCUACACUCCAUGAAAAAAAAAAUAUUACUUUAGAUUAAAAUGACUACACAGUGUGGUGUAAUGAUGACAUAAAAGGACAAGAAUAGCUGUAGUUUUGCAUACCACAAAAUGACUUAUCUCAGAACUACAUGGGUUCAGAAUGCAUUCAGAAUGAAUAGGUGGUUGGUUCUAGUUAUUACCAUGUAGAUAACGAUGAUUUAAUUUAGUGAUGGCCCGAUAUCCAAAAACCCGAUACCGAUACCGAUUCCGAUAUUUCCAAAUUUACCGAUCCGAUACCCGAUACCCGAUAUUCCGAUAAUAGGCCUAUCUCAUUUCUAAUACUGAUUCUAUAAAAUUGUGGUUCUGGAGUAUUGUUAGAGACAAUAAUGAAAAAUGUUAAAUAUUAAUAAAACAUACUUAUGUGAAUGUAUAUUAUUUUUAUUAAUUGUAAAAUAUUGUAAAUUCACAUUAAAUGAAAGCUAAUAACGAAAUUAUCAUAAUGGCCUACAAAUAAGCUCUCUAAAUUCAAAUUCACAAGUCACUGCAUGUACUUAGUCCAGUGUCUCAACUGUAAUCUACGAAAAAUACAGUCUGAAAAACAUCAAACUUUACCAACUUUUGUACCCAUUGUAAAAUUUCCUCACGGUAAACGACACGCAAGAAAGGAAGGUCUUCAAUUAGCAAAUUUUGUGACCAUUGUUCAAGUGUAUCACUCCAUUUAUUGGUGCGAAAACACGUUAAAAAUACGUGAAAAGUAAUUUCAAUACAACUUUGAAACGUACUGAAGAGUUUAUAAAACCACACAUCUUUAUUUAUGUUAUUCUCUUAUUGGCAAUGCACUCAAUAUAGCCAACAUAAUACCUUUGCUGCAACUUGCCCUACUUAAAUACGUUUCAUAUUUUAGCUUUUGUAAAACUUACGUAACGUCUUUGUAUAGAACAGCAGUUGGCGACCAUGAAACGACACGGAAAGAAAAUGCCUGUUAUAUCCUACUCUAUGGUCAUAUCAAGCAGCAACUUUAUUCUUCCCAAUGUUUACUUGCGGCUACACCACUUAUUAAAUUAAAUAUCGUAAUUAUUUUCGUUUAUGUUUUCAAUUUAUGUACACUUAGUGAACUUCGAAAAUUCAUCAAGCGAAAACAUUUUGCGUAAAUCUGAAACGAAUAAAUAUGCACUAAUGACUGGGAUUUGUGUACACAUGGAAGAAUUGUACCGUCGGGAUGCAUUGCAGUAUCAGAAAGAAGAAAUAGGCUUGUUAUUGUUUCAGUGGAAAUAUGCUUGGAAUUACUAUGUAAUAUGGUGACGUGAAGAAAGAUAAAUUACGCCCGCGGAAAAUAAGCUUGGAAUUACAGUUGAGGUUAUGUGAGAAGUAUUAUUGGCGAGAGCAAACAUCGGUUAUCAAAAUAUCGCAAGUAUUUACCGAUGUCCGAUAUUGAAAAAUGUGCCGAUAUUACCGAUCUCCGAUAUCGGAUAUCGAAUAUCGGGCCAUCACUAAUGUAAAUACCUAUGUUAUUGCACUUAUAUAUAAUGCACUCUGAGAUGCCAAGACCCAAUGAACCAAGCAGUGCACGAGUUAUUUUCUGUAUUGCAGGCGAUAUUCAUAAAUGCUGGUGAUAAACAUGUCUGUGCCAACAGUAAUUGUAUGCUGUUAACAAACAAUUGUUCAUCUACAAACUAAAUUGUGACUAAUGAGCAAUUCAAGAUGGUUAAAGGGAGGGAAAUUAACACAAAAUGUUUUUACUGUAAUAUUAUAGAUAUGCUUUCCAAAAAUCUGUUGCAAAUGUUUUGUAUACUACACCUACAAGUUUUUACUAAAAUAAAGUAGUACAAAUUA